CAGCAGUUUUAGCUUCUGGUUUUAGGCUUUUGCUUGUUUGUGCAUCUUGUUACUCCUUCCUGCAAGCUCCUGCUUCUACUCACCUCACCAGCCUUCUUAGCUCGCUACGUGCUCCUGGUUAUGCUCAUCAAAUACCGAAUUACCCAAGGCUUCCUCUUCCAGUCUUCCCCCAUCUCCAUUCCUCCAUAUCUGUCCAUACAAAAAAGGAAAACACAUCCAUCCCCUUUCAUACAAAAAAAGGCGUUGGGCUCCCACUCUCACACGAUGCGCCUCUACGUAGUACAUGGUCUCUUCUUUAUUUAGAUUUUCUUGGAUCCGUAAAUUCAGAGCCGUAAAUUGGAGCUUCAUCGCCCGCGGAAUUCGAAGUCGCUCCGUCUUCUCUGGAGAUAAUACUUGUUGCCACCAUGGAUAAUCAAGAAGUUCCAUCCGGAAUGGAAAAUGAAUAUAAGAUAGGGAUUGAUGACAAUGAAGAUCAGUUGAUGUCUACCACUAAUGACAUUGCAUCUUCAAAACGGAAGCGUGCUUUUACUAAUAAAGGCACAUUAACUAAGAGGGGCAGACGUACUUCUCUGGUAUGGGAGCACUUUAUUUUCACUCCAUUAUCAGUAGGAGGUUUUGAGGUGCAUUGUAAGUAUUGCAUAACUCACUCCUUUAUUUAUGAUAGUGGUAUGGGGACUUCUAAUGCUAAAAGACAUUAUCUAAGUUGCCCUCCUUAUUUAAAGUACAUGAAUGAUAAUCCAAAUGGACUUGCUGGUAAUGAUUUUGAUCAAAAAACAUAUCUGAAAUUGUUUGCUCAAUCAAUAAUAGCUCAUGGAUAUCCAUUCAAAAUGGCUGAACAUCCUAGGACUAGGAAGUUGCAUGAUUAUUUGAAUCGAAAUGUCAAAACUGUAUGUAGAAAUACCAUUACUAAGUGUUGCAUGUCUGAGUAUAAUGAUUUGAAGAAAAAUUUGUUUGAUACUUUGGGUGCAUCAACUUCUAGAAUUUGUCUUACCUCUGAUUUGUGGCAAGCAUGUACCAUAAAUUCAUAUUUGGUCCUCACUGCCCAUUAUAUAGAUAGUAGCUGGAAAUUGCGUUCAAAAAUACUAAAUUUUCAACAUUUCGUAUCCUCUCAUACUGGCAAUGAGAUUUAUGAGUUUGUGCAAGCUUUGAUUAGAGAGUGGGGUAUUGAAAAGAAAGUUUUUACAAUCACAGUAGAUAAUGCUACUAAUAUGGAUUUGUUUGCUACAAGAUUGGAGUGUGAUUUGCAUGCUUGUUCUCCUUUACCAAUGAAUGGUAAAUAUUUUCAUAUUAGAUGUUGUGCGCAUAUAUUGAAUUUGAUUGUACAAGAUGGUUUGAGUGUUAUUAAUGGCUGUAUUGUGAAGGUACGUGAGGGUGUGAAGUACAUUACACUCACUGAAGGUCGGAAAGUAAAAUUUAAGCAAUGUGUUGUGGCUACUGUUUGGUUAUGA